AAUAGCCAACUGAUCUAACAAACCUUCAUCAUGUAAACUACCACUACUUGACGCCCACAACAACUGAACCGGCUAACAACCUGACUUACUAACAUUUAAUCCUUGUUUUGUAGCCACGACUAACUCUCAAACGACAACAAAAUAUUCAAGAUCACAUGACACACCACGUGAGUGCUUAUUAUCUAACAAUCAGAUGGGUCUAGAAAACACUUCCCGACAUGCUUCAAAUACCUCAUCUAAUUGUUUAUGCAAUGAGGAUAUAUAGAUGAUAGAUCUAGAAAAAACACGAGUGAUGACUUGAUAUUUACACAUGUUUUUGUCCACCAUUCUUGUACCGUUUGAGUCUCAUCUCCCGUGUUUUAGGCUGAUUUCACGCUAGGUUGUUCUUGUUUGUGAUAUAUCAGGUUCUAGUACGUGAAAGAAGGUUUGGGCACGAGUUUGGGGUCGAUUGGACGAAGUUGGGACGUUUGACGAAAAAGCUGGGAAUUCCACACGGGCACGCCUACGGCCGUGUGACUUGGCCGUAUGGCACCAUUUUGGACGGGCAAGCCAUACUAGCCGUGUAGGGGACCCCUUGUGGCCGUGUGGAAAGUCUAGGGAGCUCACACGGCCAGACUGGAAAUCCACACGGCCGUGUGGUUUUGGCCGUGUAGCGUACCUGAAGCCACUUUAAUGAAACGCGGCGUUUUGCACUUUCACACGGGCAGCUGGGGAUUUCAAACGGCCGUGUGGCUUGGUCGUGUGAUCGGGAAAAACUGGGUUUUAACCCAAUUUCAGGUCUUUUGAAGGGAGAAUCGACAUUUUGGAGCAAAAACAGAGCCCUAGAGAGAGAAAGUGCGAAGAACACAUCCUAGAGGUGAUUUUGGAGCUGGGUUUCAUCAAUCGAGCUUGGAGAUCAUCAUAGGAGUGAAGAUCAUCAUCCCAGAGCAGAUUUUCCUCAUCUUUAUGAGUAUGAAUACUCUAAUUACUGUUUUCCUCUCUCUCUCUCUCUAUGGAGUAGAACCUUCUCUCACUUGGGUAUGAAGAACCCUAGUUCCAUGUGUUAGGGAUCUUGAUUGUAAUGACUUGGGAUUGUUAUACUGUUUGAUUUUAAUCGAUUGAUGCAUGAUUCAUUGAGUCAAUUGAAGUCUGUUAAUCUUUUCUUGAUUUCUGCUGCAACCUGAGAUAGAUAGAAUCUGAUUAGGUUGUUAGAGCUUCAUCAAUCGGUAGUGGUAGAUUGGUUAUACGAGAGUUAAUCAAUCUAAUGCUUUGUACUGGAACCCAAUUCCAGUAGUGGAGUUCUGUGCUUAUUGUCUCAGCUUUCUAUCCCCAACCAUUUCCUGCUUUCUUACUGCUUUUAGUUAAAAUCACAAUCACUCAACUUAGUUUGCUAGAUAACAGAUAUACACGGAGUAGGCAGUAGAUCUAGACCCUGGGUUGACAAUUAGAGCUUGCCUGUACUGCAUUUCCGGACUGCGAUUACACUUGGUCGCAGUUUGGUGUUGUGUCUUAGCGAGUCAAGUUUUUGGCGCCGUUGCCGGGGACCCUCUAGGUUAUUGUAGAAAUGUGAAAGUCUGUUACUUUAAUUUUUUUUUCUUUUCCACCCUUGCUUUUCACUUGGGUGUUAUGUUUUUGUUGGUGCAGAUCUGAAACAUGGAUCCUCAUGGCUUCUCCAACCAUUGGGGGUAUCAACCACCAUCUGUGUGGCAUUACCCCGAGACUUCCUUGAGCAAUCAAGGAGGAGAAGACUAUGGAUUCGGAUGUCAGUACCUACCCCCCUACUAUGGAGAACAACCAAACCCUUGGGAACCUCAAGAACAGUAUCCUUUUCAAGAAGAGUUCCUGCCACAACCAGAGGGGCCAUCUGGUUGGAGUUAGCCAUGGAGGCCUUCACGGACCACUCUGCAGAGCCAUGCUACACUUCAUUGGAAGAUCCGAACAAACAAUUAGGGCUUCUCGUGGAGCAGUUUGCUCGAGAUACUGAGAGAUCAUGCUCCAAGAUGGAUCUUCAAAUCCAAGCCCUUGGCCCUUCCGAUCCCUCAUUUCUCCAUGAAAUGGAGGAGACUGUUCAGUGUUCAGCGAAGCAAACAAAGUGGGUGGAGAAAGUUUGCUCACAUCCUUCUCAAGAUCACCUUUCUGCUACCACGCUAGAAGUGGUGGAGGAUGACAAAGGCUACAGGGACAUUGAGGAGCAUACAGAAGUUAUCACAGAGAACUCCCAUGAUAAUCAUGAUCAGGAAAGUCCUCUGGUUGCAUAUCACACCUUUCCUCAUUUCUGCUCUAACAUGUUGGGCCCGAGCGAGGAGAUGCAAGAUGAUCUCAUUGAAGAAAUUACAUGGCGACUUGCUCUCCAAUCUGUUCUAGAAGAAGAAGAGAGAGAAAGGGUGAGGGAAGAAGUUGUGGAGGAUGAGGAAGAAAGCAAAGAAGAGGAAGUUCUUGAUCUUUUCCAAGGGGAGAGACCAUAUUCUGAUGAAGGAAGGGGGGUUGAGGAAGCAAUUGGCGUCCAGGCUGAGGAUGAAGUUCAGGUGGAAGAGGCUUGCACCGGCCCUAUGUUACAUGUGAUAUCUCCACCAAACUUCGAGGAGCUGCUUGGCAAUGACCCAUUUGCAGUGUCUCUUUGCCAGACCAAGACCACAUCAACAUCAAUCCCUCUUGGUGGAUGUGAUGGUGGUCAAUCGAAUAUAUCUUAUCUGGUUUGGGGCAAUGAGACAAGAGUAGACACGAAGGAAAGGUCUCGAAAGUGGAGACUUCAUCUUCCUCAAGGCCACGAGCCAUCUUCAUCACCUAUCACAUCACAUGCUCGUGACUUGAGGCUCCACCUUAUUAAUGAGAACCUCAACUUCAAGGAGGUUCUAGAAUGGACCGAAACUUAGGAGCCACCGUCCGGCUAAGACGUAAAAGAAGCUCUUGUGGAGAGGCAACCCCACCAAGGUUUGUUUUUCUUUCGUUUUUUUAGGUUUGUCCACUUGGAACUAUGGUUUUUAUCACCCAGUGUGUUUUGAUGACUUUAGCCCGGCUGACUGGUCCCAUUUCCAGUCCACCGACAGUCCGUAUUCCCGGUAAAAUCGUUUCCCCUUGUCUUUCCCUCUGCUCCAUUGAGGGCAACGUCGUGCUUAAGUGUGGGGGGUGUUUAUCUGUCGUUGACUGCUAGAUGAGUUUGUGUGCUUGGAGCCUAGUCCGCUAUCCAAUCUCGAGAUUUGAGGGCUUCAAGUACUGAUGUUUGCAUGAUCAUAUUGGCACUAUGGGCUUGAUUGGUUAAUCGAAUGGCUUUCGAACUGAUGCAUGACAACUGGAAUGUAACUAGGACAACCUAUGAUGAUGACUGAGACGUGCAGUAGAAUUGUGUAGGGGUUCAUUUUUUUUUCCAACUGUUUGCUUACCAACUGUGACUUGGAUUGAUCACUUGCUCUUGACUAGGGGUGGGCAUUCAGUUUGGUAAACCCGAACCGAGCCAGACUGAAACCGACAAACCCGAAACCAAAAUCGAAUUUAAACUGUUCGGUUCGGAAUUCAGAAGAGAUAUGUGCUUAGUUCGGAAAUCAAGGUCUUAUCGACCG